AUGAAUUAUUCUGCACUGGCUAAGGAAGUUUUUGAAUUACAGAAUAAAGUGCGAUAAGACCCAUCUCUAAUGAUUCCAGUUCUAGAAAAUAGGCUCAAAUACUUUAAAGAUAAGAUCAUUCACAUGCCAGGAACUUAGGCUACCAAUACAAAGGAAGGUGCAAGUUCUGUUCAAGAAUGCAUCGAUUUCCUUAAAAAACAAAAACCAGUUGGGCCCUUGACUUAUGAUAAAGGACUGGAAGAAGCAGCAAGAGAUCAUGCAGAGGAUCUAGGAACUAAUGGUCUGACCGGACAUGAGGGAAGUGAUCAUUCAACGACAAAAUAAAGAAUAGAAAGACAUGGUUCAUGGAAACCAGGCACAAUUGGUGAGAAUAUAAGUUUUGGAAAAUCCACAGCUGAAGAUAUUGUCAUAUAAUUGAUUGUCGAUGAUGGUGUUCCAAGCAGAGGACACAGAUCUAAUUUCUUUGAGCCUGCCUAUAAAUAAGUCGGUAUUUUUGGAGCUCCUCACAAGGCCUUCAAGUUUGUAUUUGUCUUCGAUUUUGCUUCAAAAUUCAUAUAAGGAGGCAAACAAGAGUAAUAAUAGGGAGAAUAAGAGAAGGAGAAAAAAAAGAAAUAAGAGAAAAAAUAAAAGGAUGAUGAUGAUGAUGAUAAAAAAGAUGAAGGAAAAGAAAAGUUGAUUCCAGGGGCUAAGAAAGUUUAGAAGAAGGUUAAAACUGUUACCAAAGGUGGUAAAAAACACAUUAUAACCACAAAAAUUUAUACUAUGAAUGAUGGUACCACUUAAGAAGAAGUCACUGAAAAAGUGGAAGAUGCAUGA